AUGGCCGACAUCGAGGACAAGACCAAGGUGGCCGACGUCUUGAUGCAGAAGGAGGCCUCGUUCGAGGCCGUGGCGGCCUCCGAGGCCCUGUCGCCGGCGGAGGACCGCAGGCUUCUCCGCCGCGCAGACAUGUGGUUGCUGCCGGUUCUCUUCGUCACCUACAUGUUCCAAUACCUCGACAAGUCCACCAUGGCCAACGCGGCCAUCCUCGGGCUGCGCUCCGACCUCCAUCUCCAGGGCCAGGACUACUCGUGGGCGUCGAGCGUGUUCAACUUCGGAUACCUUGCGGCCUCGGGGCCCAUCGCCUUCAUCAUUGUUCGCCUGCCAAUUGGCAAGUUCAUGUCCGUCUCGGUGCUGUUGUGGGGAGCCGUCCUGAUGUGCAUGGCGGCCACCAAGAACUCGUCGGGACUCAUCGCCACCCGUUUCUUCCUCGGCUUCAUGGAGGCAGCCGUCGCGCCGGGAUUCAGUAUCAUCGUCUCGCUGUGGUACAAGCGAUCCGAGCAGCCGCUGCGAACCGGGGUCUGGUUCUUGGGCAACAUCGUCUCCGGCUUCUUUGCCGGACCGCUCAUGUACGCCUUCGGGCACAUCCACUCUUACCCGGCCUGGAAGAUUGUCUUCCUGACCUUUGGCGGCCUGACUGUGGUGUGGGGCGCCGUCAUGUUCUUCAUCCUCCCCGACGCGCCGGGAAAGGCGUGGUUCUUCCGCCCGGAGGAUCGGCCCAAGGCCGUGCUCCGCAUCAACGCCGACUCGACGGGCGUCAAGCACAACAAGUGGAAGAUGGACCAGUUCUGGGAGGCCUUGUGCGACCCCAAGGCCUGGUUCACGGCCCUUCUCAUGCUCGCCACCAACAUCCCCAACGGCGGCAUCAGCAACUUUGCGGCCAUCGUCAUCCACGGCUUCGGCUUCAGCGUCAACGAGACCUUCCUGGUCAACAUGAUUGUCACUGCCUUCCAGGGCUUCUUCGUCCUCGUCGUCACCAUCGGCAGCACCUACCUGCCCAACAGUCGCACGUACUUCAUGAUGGCUGGCUCGACCAUUGGCCUGAUCGGGGCCGUCGUCAUCCGACAACUGGACAACUCCAACAUCUGGGCUCGCUACUCGGGCUACUGUCUCCUGUCGGCCUACACGACCAACUUCCCCAUGAUCCUGGUGAUGAACACGUCCAACAACGCAGGCAUCACCAAGAAGACGACCGUCAACGCCAUGUCGUUCGUCGCAUACUGCGUUGGAAACAUCGUCGGUCCCCAGCUGUUCUUUGACUCCGAGGCCCCCAACUACCCUUCCGGCUUUGCCGCCAUGCUGGUCUGCUUCUGUGUCACCAUCCUUGCAACCUUCGCCCUGCGCCUUUACCUCAUCUGGUGCAACAAGAAGAAGGAUCGCAUCAGCGGGCCCGUCGAGGACCAGGCGCUUGCCACCGAGCUCGAGGACGAUCGCACCGACCGCGAAAUGGACCAUUUCAGGUACAUCUACUAG